AUGGGUUUCAAGGAAGGUGACGCCAAGAAGGGUGCCAGUCUUUUCAAGACUCGCUGCGCCCAGUGCCACACCCUCGGUGCUGGCGAGCCUAACAAGGUCGGCCCCAACCUCCACGGUCUCUUCGGCCGCACCUCUGGCACUGUCGAUGGAUACAGUUACACCGAGGCGAAUAAAAACAGGGCUGUCGAGUGGGGCAACGAUACUCUCUUCGACUACCUCGAGAACCCCAAAAAAUACAUUCCUGGUACCAAGAUGGCCUUCGCUGGUCUCAAGAAAGAGAAGGACCGCAAUGACUUGAUUACCUAUCUGGCCGAGGAGACCAAGUAG